UUGUUUUCUUAUAUUUUCAGUCCAACCAUUAUUCAUCACUUCUAUGGUUACGAUCAAGUGUCGAAUCGAGAAGCACCGUUUUUAUAUCCGGAUUUUGCGGGUGGUUUAGCGAUCUCUUCAGCAUUGUUUCAACAACUUCAUCGCACAUCUUCAAACCAUCAACGAGCGACUGAUUUCUCGAUUGAUCCUAAACAUGAGUUUGCACGAAUGGUUUUCGAAACUGCUGAUGGGAUAACGUUGACAGAUACGCAUCGCUUUUGUUUGCUGCAUAAUGAGGCGAAUGACUGCAUAACCAGGUACAUCGAACCGACUUAUGAGUAUUUCGCCUGA